AGUGUACUCCGCCGUGAAUCGGAUUCUCUGACUCUGUGAAUGGAUCGGAUCCAUUUACUUUUAGUAAUAUUUUUUUUAUUUAUAAUUUUCUUUUUUCAUAGAAAGUUCGCUAUCCUCCUCUCUGCAUGCAAUUCAAUCUGUGUGAUUAGGCGGCUCAAUUCGAGAAGCUUCCGCUUCAAUUACUGAACUCUCCCAACCAUCCACUGAGUUUGGAGUGUUUGGUGUGUAGAGUGAUCUGGAUAUGCUGCCUUUGAUCCUCACCGACGAGAGGGUACGCAAAGCUUGCGAGACAACAAGAGAACUCAAAAUCCCCGAUGAGAAGACACUCUCGGUGCUUAAGAAGCUACUCCAAGAGAACGGUGAGAACUGGACUCUCAUCAAACUUGAUAACUACACCGCAUUGAUCGACGCUAUCUACUCUCUCGACGAAGAAGAAGAAGAAGAAGAAGAAGAAGAGGAUAAGAAAAAAAAGGAAACUUCAUCAAACAGCACUAGAGGGAAGCAUGUCUUUGACUCUCCUCCUAGUGGUGCUCUGAAGAAGCAAAGAGAAAGUUCAUCUAACAGAGGGAAGAAUGUUGUUGUGGGCACUGAGUGCUCUCCUGCUACUCUGAAAAGAAAAUAUGAGACCCGUUCUGCAACCUCAGGCUCAUCCUCCGAGGAAGCUCAGAAGCAGCAACAGACCAGCAAUGGUGUUGUUCGCAAGAAGAAGUAUAAAACCAUUAUUCGUGACAUCACGAAAGGUUCGGAGAGCGUUGAGAUAUCUCUGGUUGAUGAGGUUGGGACUGAGCAGGUCCCCAAGUUUACUUACAUCCCUCACAACAUCGUGUACCAAAGUGCUUACUUGCAUGUCUCUCUGGCUCGGAUUUCUGAUGAUGAUUGUUGCGCGAGCUGUAAGGGGGACUGUCUUUCGGCUGAUUUUCCGUGUGCGUGUGCUCGUGAAACCAGCGGAGAGUAUGCGUAUAGUAAAGAAGGGUUGUUAAAGGAGGAGUUUUUGGAUACUUGUCUUAAGAUGAAAAAGGCGCCUGAUAGCUUCAGUAAGUUUUACUGCCAAGACUGCCCUUUGGAGAGAGGUGAUGGAAAGUGUGAAGGGCAUUUGAUCAGGAAGUUUAUUAAGGAGUGCUGGAGGAAGUGUGGGUGUGAUAUGAUGUGUGGGAAUCGAGUGGUGCAGAGAGGGAUAAGGUGCCAGUUGCAGGUUUACUUUACUCAAGAAGGGAAAGGAUGGGGUAUUAGAACACUGCAAGACUUGCCGAAAGGAACAUUUGUCUGUGAAUACAUUGGUGAAAUAUUGACCAAUACGGAGUUGUACGAGCGGAAUAUAAGGUCUACUAGUGAACGGCAUACAUAUCCUGUAACUCUGGAUGCAGACUGGGGUUCUGAAAAGGAUUUGAAAGAUGAAGAAGCUCUCUGUCUGGAUGCCACAAUCUGUGGGAAUGUCGCUAGGUUUGUCAAUCACAGAUGUGAGGAUGCAAACUUGAUUGAUAUUCCGGUACAAAUAGAGACUCCUGACAGACAUUAUUACCAUAUUGCCUUUUUUACCAUUCGAGACGUGAAGGCCAUGGAUGAACUGACAUGGGAUUACUUGAUAGAUUUCCAUGAUGAAAGCCAUCCCGUGAAGGCAUUUAGAUGUUGCUGCGGAAGCGAAUUAUGCAGAGACAAAAAGCCAAAAGGAUCUGGAGGCAAGUCAGGAGAAAGAAGAAAGGCUGUUCCUGCUAAAAAACAAGCAGGUUCCAAAGCGAUGGCAUUAAAACGAAAAUGAGGCUCGAACAUCAGAGUAAAA